AUGGUUAGACCAUUAGGAAAACCCAAAGAGUUGGAAGGAAUUCAACGGAUACGUGAGAAAUAUGAAGAUGUGGAUAGUGAAGAAGAUCAAGAAAAUGUAUCUGAAGCUGUACAUUUUUGUUUAUUGGCAGAAUUCGAUAUUGAUGCUGGAGCGACUUUGACACAUCAGUAUCCUUAUCCUACGGGGACGGAUGAACAUCGCCUAGCAGAACUCAUGCUUCCCGACGGUGCCCAUCUCCGAGCGGAAGAUUGGACAGUGUUUUAUCUUGGUCAAACUGAAUCUUCCGCCGUCGCACCAAUGUUAUCCCACGAAGCACAUCCUUCCCCUCCCGGUAACCCGUCUCAAGGACAAGGUGAUGGAUCUAGAAGAGCGUCAAUGAUACCACCUUCUCAAAGACCUAAAAGGGGUGCGGCGGGAGGUGGUUUGUUAUAUGUUUUGAAUUGUGUGAGAAUGAAGGAAGAUAAAAAUAUGAGAAGAGGUGCUAUGGUGAAAGCUUUAGCUAUAUGUACACCUAAUCCUUAUAUCGGGAUUUACCGACCCCUACUCGUUCUCGCAUUAGAAGAUUAUUUCCGUGAACCUUCCGCAGAAGUUCUCACAAGAUUAUACGAUUCAGCAAACGCAAUCUCCCUAUCCGGUAUGCCCAAUUUAACUCGAAACGAACGUCUACUUCUUCGAGCUUCCGAACGUAAAGAUUUAUUCGAAGAAAGGUUCGGUAUUUCAGAAGAGAUAAUUUCAGAUCCUGAAGUUUAUUCUGAAACUGGUCAUACGGAUGAAACUGGGAGAAUAACUAGAAUGGGUUCAGGUUCUUCUGUUGGACAUGGACAAGGAAAUCAGUUGGGUCAUGGAUAUGGUCAAAAUACAAGACAAGGAAGUACAGGAUCAAGUAGAGGUUUUUUAACGACACCACCUUCUAGAGAAGGUAGAUUAACUCCUGAAGUUUAUGAAAGGAGAAAAGGUGUACCGAGAGAUACACAUUUUUUCGAAACGGAAGCUAAGUUUAGAAGGAUUACUGUACCUAUCAGAGUACCUACGGCUGUUUUCGAUGAGGAUGUUGGGGAAUAUUCCCUCAUCGAACUAGUUCAAACAUUCUCUUCCAACAUCCCCUUCCCACCACCAUUCCAUCCACAUCUUCAUACAAACGGCUCCAACACUCAUCCCGUCAUUUUAAUCCUAAACGCCAUUCUAGCAGGUAAAAGAAUAAUGUUCCUAGGACAUGGUCUUCCUGCCAAUCAAGUAGCUCGUAUGGUUUUAUCAGCUUGUGCUUUAGGUUCAGGUUGUGGUCAAGUUCUAAGAGGUAUAACGGAAACAGCUUUUCCUUAUGCUAAUCUAGCGAGUUUAGAUGUACUUGAAGAAUUUUCUGGAUAUAUAGUAGGUGUCACAAAUCCACGUUUUGAAGAAUUACAUAUGACUUGGGAUGUUUUAUGUAAUAUAGAAACUGGACGUGUCACUGUGAGUAAGAAUCUGAAUGGGAAUCUUAAUGGUAUUGGGAACAAUUUAGGUGCUAGUGUUAAAUCUGGAAGAAGUAGUGAAACUAGUUUAACUGGAAGUAUGGUAAAAGUUGAAGAAAUCGGUUUGGUCGAUACUCCUCAAGCGAAGAUGCAAAGUACAAGUAAAGCGGAUUGUGUGGAUAAUCAAUUUAUGGAAGAUGUGUUAUCAGCAAUGACAUCACAUUUCGGUGAAACGCAUAUUCGUCUCAAAUUCAUUGAUUAUUUAGAACGUUUUGUACGUUUAGCAGGACAUCAAGAAUACCUUCAUACAGGUAUGACCAAGAUCGCUUAUCCUUCAACUAGUUAUAGAGAAGGUCAAUUAGGUUCCGGUGUUGUUUUUCCAGAUGAUUCUCAGAGACAAAGGGAAAUGUGGGCGAAUGGACAUAGGAUUGAUGCUUGGAGAAAAACGAAUAGUUAUAGGUUGUAUGAAAAGGAUUGGCAGAGAUCCCUCGAAAGACGUGCAAUACAAGGAUUCGACGUUCAACAUCAAAUUUCAAAACUCCGUUAUGCCAAGAAAAUGUCUGAUGCAGAAGCAGAUGAUAUUUUUCUCACUUUCGCUCAAACUGUACGGACUUAUGAUCAAGUCGUAGAGUUACUCACUUACCUCCCUCUUCAUCUCGGAGGUCUUAUACCAAUUGCCAACGGUCUAUUCCAUCGCUGGGCAGAAGUCAGGGAUUAUACGGUAGAAUUGUUAAUAACGAUGCAACGUUAUCCCAUUGGAAGACAAGCCGUAGCUUCUAUGAAUUACUUUUACCGUCAAACGUAUAUUCGACUGUUAUCACAACGAGAAGCUUUGACAAGUUCACAAGACCCGUUUUACGAUCAACAAAGUAACGGAGAUCAAGAUGGUUAUUUCGCUCCGGACGUCACUUCGCCCAAUACGGUGAUAGGGUAGAACUAGAGUUUCAACCUCAUCUUGUAAGGUUUGAUCAAUAAACGGAUAGAAGGGCGGGGAUGAGUGGGUAAUGGAAAUGAAUUGAAAUGGGUAGAUAUGAAUGAUGAACUGAAUACGAAUUAUGCCAUGCUCAGGAUGAAUCUGUUG